AUGGCUGAGGAAGCAAAACCAGUAAGGGACUAUGAUGUCCCAUCUGUGGUGGCAUCACCAUCGAGCAUUCGUCGUCCAACCAUUGAUGCCAAUAAUUUUGAAAUCAGACCAGCCAUAAUUUCAAUGAUUCAGCAAUCCUCCAUCUUUUGUGGUUUACCUCAAGAAGACCCUAAUAGCCAUAUCUCUAAUUUCUUGGAGAUAUGUGACACAUUUAAGUGCAAUGGAGCUACCAAUUAUGUUGUUCGCUUAAGGCUUUUUCCUUUCUCAUUAAAGGAAAAGGCAAAGUCAUGGUUGAAUUCUCAACCACCUAAUUCGAUUACUACAUGGGAUGACUUGGCCAAUAAAUUUUUAGCUAAAUUCUUUCCUCCUGCAAAGAUUGCGAAACUCAGGAAUGACAUGAUGUCAUUUGCUCAGAAUGACAUGGAACCUUUUUAUGAAGCAUGGGACAGAUACAAGGAUAUGCUAAGGAAGUGCCCACAUCAUGCCCUACCUACUUGGAUGCAAGUUAAAGCUUUCUGCAAUGGUUUGAACAAUACAAGCAAAACAACAAUUGACGCUGCAGCCGGAGGAGCUUUGAUGGGAAAAACAGAAACUGAAGCGUAUAACUUGCUGGAAGAGAUGGCGUCAAAUAACUAUCAAUGGCCUAGUGAGAGAUCAACACCAAAGAAAGCUGGAAUUCAUGAGAUUGACGCCAUAUCUGCGUUAACUGCACAAAUUUCUACUAUGUCUAAACAACUUGGUACUUUAAAUGUUAAUGCUAUUCAGUCUACUAAUUUAAGUUGUGAAUUUUGUGCAGGACCUCAUCAUGGCAAUGAGUGUGGAGCUAGUCCAUUCACAUCACCAUCUGAACAACUGAACCAAGUCUCUGAUUUUAAUCGACAACGGAAUAAUCCUUACUCCAACACUUAUAACCCAGGAUGGAAGAACCAUCCGAAUUUUUCAUGGAGUAAUAACCAAAAUGUACAGGGACCUCCACCUGGUUCACACCUCAAGAAAAGAAGCAUGGAUUGGAGGAUAUAA